UUAUCACAAAACUACGAACAAUGUAUAUAAAGGAUCUGUUAAGAGUGGAAAUAGAAGAAAAAUGAAGUCAGAAACAAGUCUAUGUUUCGGCAUUAUAACUUCGAUUUUCUGUUUCGGAGUUCGCAUUGAUGCCACCACUAAAACUGUUCAAGACACAAAUGAUUUCAAUAACGAACAGUUCGAGUUACUUUUAAAACGACUUGAACACGUGGAACGCCGGAAUGACGAAAUGGAAAGGAGAAUGAAAAUAAUGGCUGCAGACUUCCGUGAAAAAGAAAAAACUCUGAAUGAUCGCAUUUCGGAACUAGAAAAACUGAAUAAUCCCAGAAACAUUGAGAAUGACAAUCGCGAGACUAACGAACGCUUUGACAACGCGCUUGAUGAUAGUGACAAUGUAACAGAUGAAACAGGCGGUAGAGAUGCAGUGCAGAAACAAACACGUACAAUUAUAUCAGGUUCAAGACUUGUGCGUUCUGUGAAAUCGGAGGUAGCGUUCUUAGCCACGGUCACCCCACAUGACAUUGGCAAUUUAGGCGUAAACCAAAUCAUUGUUUUUUGAUCACACCUUUACAACACAGGCAACGCCUUC